UUCAGACCCUCUGAUAUAGGCUACAUCAGUGCUUCAUGCGCAGCCUACAGAUAUGGGGAAUUUUAACAGUUCAUAAAUCUAGGUCUACUGCUAUUUCACAGCUUUGCACGAUUCAUUCUAAGGCUAUUUAUUUCACACAGAGUAGUUUGGAUUGCAAAACAAUGCCAUCCUUGAACUCCUUGCCUAAUUAGACGAAAGACACAUUUCAAGCGACUUCAUGUAUGACCUGGAUAGAUGGCAGCAUUCGUGCAAAACUGAAAGCGUGAACCACUGCAUUUAAUCAUGGCAAGGUGACUGGGAAAUGGACGUGUAGCCUACAAACAGACCAGUUGCGACCUCCAGCAAUCAAAGAGGAAAAACGACAAUACAGGGACAAGGUGGAGUCGCAAUUCAACGGCUCAGAUACAAGACGUGGGCUAUGUGGCAGGGACUCCAUACGGAUUACAACGGGAAAGCCAGCGCCUCGCUCCUGGGCGAGCUAAACACCUUCAUUGUGCCCCGGACGCUUGAGGUCGUCCGCAUGCUUCCCAGCCGAAACAGUUCGUAGAGUUUGUGUAUAUAUUAUAACGACGUUUUGGACUUCGGUGAGUUCCCCCGCCCCUUCGUUGGUGAUUGGUCAACAAUAGGGAUUCUUCAAUAAAGUAUUUUUUAUCAUUCAAGGAGAGAUGAGUCAGUAAGAUGCACGACUAAGAUCUCUUUGCCAAAACGUGAACAUUAAUGACAGAGUUACAGUUCAAAGGAAAUCAGUCAAUUGAAAUACAUGAAUUAGGCCCGAAUCUAUGGAUUUCACAUGACUGGGAAUACAGAUAUGCAUCUGUUGGUCACAGAUACCUUAAAAAUAAAGGUAGGGGCGUGGAUGAGAAAACCAGUCAGUAUCUGGUGUGACCACCAUUUGCCUCAUGCAGCGCAACACAUCUUCACAUUGAGGUGAUCAGUCUGUUGAUUGUGGUCUGUGGAAUGUUGUCCCACUCCUCUUCAAUGGCUGUGUGAAGUUGCUGGAUAUUGGUGGGAACUGGAACACGCUUUCGUACACGUCGAUCCAGAGCAUCCCAAACAUGGUCAAUGGGUGACAUGUCUGGACAUUCAUCAUGGGGAAGCUAUGUGAGCUGGCCCUUGUGUCUCUGGCCCUCCUGGCUCUACUUCAUACUGACUCUACAUGGGCCAAGAGAAGUGGCGGCAGCAGUAGCAGCAGCAAAAAGUCGUCAUCCAACAACAGGGGUUCAGAAAAAAAGCCAUCAAAAACAUCAAACACGCAGACAGGAAGCUAUCCCAGACAACCACAGAGCCCCAACAGGAACCCCAACUCAUACCCAGCAGGAGGUAGUUAUCCAGGGAGAGGUACCAAUCAGAACCAGAACCCAGCCGGUGGAUACCCUGCUGCAGGUGGCUAUCCUGCUGCAGGUGGCUACCCCAACCAGCAGUAUCCAGGCAGAGCCAAUCCUGGGGGAUAUCCAAACCAGAACCCUGCAGCUGGAGGUUACCCAGCCGCUGGUGGCUAUCCUGCAGCAGGUGGCUAUCCCAACCAGCAGUAUCCAGGCAGAGCCAAUCCUGGGGGAUAUCCAAACCAGAACCCUGUAGCUGGAGGUUACCCAGCCGCUGGUGGCUAUCCCAACCAGCAGUAUCCAGGCCGGGCAAAUCCUGGGGGAUAUCCAAACCAGAAUCCAGCAGCGGGUGGUUACCCUGCAGCAGGAGGCUACCCCAACCAGAACCCAGGGAGAGGAGGGGUCAAUCAGGGAUACCCAGCUGGAGGUUACCCAGUAAGAGGGGGAAAUACUGGCUGGGGGCAGGCAGGGGGCUACCCUGGUGGAGGGAUGGGAGGAGGUUACCAACCCAACUGGAACCCAAACAAUAAGAUCCUCAGUCCCCGCUAUGGUUAUGGAGGUGGGCAUGGGGGUAUGGGAGGUGGCUCUCCCUUCUCACGCUCAGUUCAGAAUAUGGGGCACUACCCCUCUACUCAGUCCAAGGGCUUUGCUAAGAAGGCUCUUAUGGCCGCAGGGGUUGGGGCUGUGGCAGGUAUGGCAGUAGGCUAUGGCCUUGGGCGUUUCCCUCGCCCACAUUUCAACUUCCGCAACCCUCAGGAGGAGCAGUCCUACAACAACUACAUGUACAGCAAAUACGGUGAACGCUCCACAGAUGAAAACGACUAUGGCCGGGACUAUACCUACAAAGUACCACCGCGGGCAGAGUCCUACGAUAGCUUCAUGGAUACCUGCAUGAAGAGGAACGACCUUCUGCAGGAUCAGGGCAGCGACUCCCAGGCCACACCUAACAACCAGAGGAACAACCCCCAGGGAGCCAACAGCCAGAGCCUGCCCAUCACUCCUGAGGUGGGGAACAGCAGUCCAGCUAGCAACCAGGAGGGAACAGACACAGUGAAGCCUCUCACCCCAGCCCCUACGGAGAUAGCUGGAGAGGAUACGGAUAAGGAGGAGGAUGACGGCCUCACAGUGAGCAUUGAGGAGAUUGGUUACCCUGUAUUGGUGGAGCAGCUGAAGAACCGUAAGUGUGUGGAGCUGUACAUGAACUACUCUGAGCGUUUCCUGGAGAAGCAGACAGCUGAACACAGCAGCGGCAGCAACAAUAACAACAAGUAUGAGAACAGUCGCAGUAACCCCCUUGGCCAGGGGCUGGUACAGCUGAUAACCACCUUCCUCAUGGUCCUGAGCAGCACUCUUCUGCUGCAGUAAGACAGGAACACAGCCAUGUCCCAGUUGUCUGGAAUAGCUUCAUUUCCUAGUCACCCCUCCUCAAAAUGCCACUGAUUUCUUGUGAGGAUAGGUUAAUUAAAUAAGGUGUAGGUGGAGAUAUAACCAAUCCUUUAACUAAUCCGUGGUCAUGAAGGAAAGGGGACAAGGAAAGGAAGCCAGUGGAAAAUAACUUCCAUUGAACUUCCAGCAAAAUGAGGACCGAUAAAAAUGUGAACUGUAGGGGGUACUCGAGGACCGGAGUUGGGAACCACUGCUGUACAUGAUACUUCACAUGGUAUUUGUACUUUAAGUGUUCGAUAUCUCGACACUAUUUCUAAAAUAUACCGAAACCAUCUGUCCUGCUUGUCUCUUACAGCUUAGUUCAGUUUACUGCUAAAUAUGGAAUAACAGGAUUUUGUCUGUAAGUCCAAAACCAUGAGUGAGUCACGUAGACAAAGGGGAAGUAUAAAUGCAAAAGUAGCAAGUCUCAUCAGUACAUCAUAUGACUUUAAUUAAAUGCAGAUACACAAGAUAAACAUUAUUACAGCAAUUUUUUGGCACCAUAUAAGGUACUAUCAUCCGAUUAGGGGUUCAGUGUCUUUAUGCCAAAGUGGUUCCACAGAAAGUACAGACAAGCAUUAUGUUGACAAUUUUUUUCAUGCAUUUCCAUGUGCAUUAUACUGUACAUCAGUGGUUCCCAACUCCAAUCCCAGAGUACCCACAACCCCACACAUUUUUGUUGUAGCCCUAGACAAACGUAACGGAUUCAACUCAUUGAGGGCCUGAUGAUUAGUUGACAAGUUGAAACAGGUGUGCUUGUCCGGGGCUACAAUAAAAAUGUGUACUGUUGGGGCUAUUGGGAGGACCGAAGUUUGGAACCACUGCUUUACAUAAUAGUUCACAUGAUAUUUUAAUUUGUACUCAAUGUUAUGUGGUCUGCAGUAUUUGGUUUUAAAAGUUGCCUGUUUGGUAAAUACUAUAAUAAUUAAGUAUGGAAUGGUCAGAGUUUUGUUAUUAAUCAAUCCCUAUUUCUGUUCCUAUUUUUCUUUUGUGCUCUCUUGUUCCAUCUCUCUACCUCCCCAUCUAGUCUCCCUCUCUAUGCCCUCCUGUCCCCUUGUUAUCAGAAGUGCACUUAUUUCUCUUGGCGAAUGGAUAUAAAUGACUCUUCUUUUUCAAGGAUGUAUUUAGUGAUUAACUCAUUUAUAUUGGUUUUAACAUAGAGAACAACAUGCAUUGUUUUAAUGUGUCUUUAAAAUACUUCAAAAUAACCACUUUGUCAUGCUUGAACUCAAUGGGGAAUUUUACCAUUAUCUUGCUGAAAUGACUGAUGUCUUCCAUUUCCCAAGUACAGAAUGAGUAAAAACAAAUAAAAAAAACACAUAAUCGCA